GGCGUACCCUAAUUGUGAAACGUUCAGUAAUUUGUAGUCGGUGAAAAAUAUUGAGUUAGCAAUUUUUCGGAAUCAAUGAUGAUGAUUCCGUCACCUUGUGAGGAUUAUUUAAAGUGGAGGAAACUGUUAACAGCAUCGCUUCCUCAAUUCUUCGUGCUUUCUAAUGCGACAUUGGUUACUCUCACAUCAUGCAGCGACUUCUUCGUGUUGGUCAUAUAGCAACGCAGGCAACAGCCAGUCAUUUUGUUCCAACCCUACCUAUUAGGUAUCAUGAAAUUUCCAGCCCCAUCCCCUUGAUUGAAGUUUCCAAAUCAAGCUCGGCUUUCCAACCAUCCCACUUGAGAGACGUACACGAUAGUCUGGAGAGGACAGGGGUAUUGCAAUUGCACUUAGGCUUCGAGGAUGAGAAAAGUUCCUAUCUCCAAGACCUAAUCCGCAAUCUCAGCAAGAACCAUGAUCAUGGCCUUCCAAUAACGCACAGUGCCGAGCGCGGGUGGUUUUGGGAUGUCAGGCCCUCUGGUGUUCAAAGUCAUGGACACCAAGCUCGCUCAGAGACGAUGUCUUGCUUUGACUGGCAUACGGAUUGCAGUUAUGAAAGUCAUCCGCCUCGAUAUUUUGCGCUUCAAGUUCUUCAACCAGAUCGCUGCGGAGGUGGAACAUUAUCACUAUUGAGUGUCGAUCGACUCCUCACCUUACUCUCACCUCACGCACGAACGUGGCUGUCCAGCUCCAACUACAUGAUUGCCGUUCCUCCUGAAUUCAAGAAAAAAAGCGACGAGCAGCAUAUUGUGGGAAACUUACUGCAGAUGAGGCAAGAAUUAGGUGGAAAUCAACUACGUUUCCGGGAGGAUAUCACAACUCCUUUGGCUCCAGAGGCUGCUGAGGCAUUGGAUGAACUAAAAGCAGUCUUGUAUAAUAAAGGAGUCCAGGAAUGGACCAUCAACUUGACCCCCCAAGAUCUCCCCAGGGGAUCAAUCAUUAUGAUGGAUAAUCGGCGAUGGCUACAUUCACGGAAUGAGGUCAGAGACCCCAAUCGUCAUCUCCGGCGAGUUCGAUGGGAUGCGAGACCGUUCGGAUUCUUGAAACAAUAAAAGUUUCUUGCUGUAUUAUUAAUUCAUUAUCUCAUCCUAUAGCUAACAGUGAUGACUUCCUUAUCACUACGUAAACUUUCCUCAACUAAUCAAUCAAUCAUGCUUAAGGAUCA